AUGAGCGUUAGUCUAAAUUCAAAAUCUUGUCCUGUACCUAUUUUAUUUUUUCCUUUCGAUGAUAGGGAAGACUGUAAAAAUAGACUUACGAUGAUAGAUGGUCAAAAAUAUUGCGAUACUUGCUUGUUUAUACAUAUUAAAAUUACGAUAGAUAUAAUAGAUAUAAGUACGGAUACUCGUCCAUUUGCUUCAUAUAGUUGGUUUCCCGUUUAUUCGAGUUUAGAUGAUCGAUUAUUCUCUGGAUGGAUUAAAUCAACUUUAACUAAUAAAACCAUUUCAAUUCUUUGUUUACCUUGGUGGGAUACUUGUGGUCAAUGUAGAGUUUGUGAUAAACACCUAGGAUUUAUUUCUGAUUGUCAAAAAUGGUGUCAAUACUGUCUUAUAAUUUACAUUGGAUGUAGAUAUUGCUUAACAACAAAUAUAAUAUUUGGAAUUACGGAAUCAUUUAUUACGUUUAAAUUUAAUGACGAUAUCAUCAAUAUGGAAGAAUUUCUUGAAGUUACAAAAAUUAAUACUAAUAAUUAUCAUCAACUAGUGUACUUUUGGAUAUAG